AAAGAAAAGCAAGAGAAGCACGAGGAUGGAGAUAUUGGAAAAGAAAAGAAGGGAGAGGAGAAAACAAAGGACAAAAAAAAGAAAGACAAGGAUGGCAAAGAAGGUGGAAAGGAGAAGAAGAAAAAAAACCCUGCUGAAGAUAAAAAUGAUCCUGCAAAACUUACCCAAAAGCUUGAAAAGAUCGACUCCAAAAUGCAGGCACUUGUGGCAAAGAAACAAGAAAUUUUGAAACUGCUUCAACAAGUCGAACAAGCUGCCCCAAAUGCAAGUGGAGGAGCCUGCCCCACAACCACCACCACCACCACCACCUCUUGA